AUGUUGUCACAACCAAGAGAUGAACAAGCAGUGAAGACAAACGACUCCUUGACAUGCCAUAAGGAGUUUGUCCAAGUGAGUGCUCUGAGCGGAUGUGGCAAAUCCAAAGUUGCUCAAUCUCUUGUGGAUGAUGCAUCCUUUCACAAUAAUGGUCUCUCUGCGCUUGAAUGCCUGUGCUUCGCCUUUCGGAUUCUGACAAGAGUCGUCAGUGCCUCUUUCUCGCCUCUAGUCCCUUUCUUUGAAAAUUUGCAGUGGGCUGAUGUACCAUCGCUCCAAAUUUUGGACUUAAUGAUCUCCGAUACUCCGAAUGACAACGGUCUCAUGAUCACUGGCUGCUACAGAUCUGAAGAGGUGGACGAGAACAGUCUACUCCGCAACAUGCUAGUUUCUCUACGCGUGAAUACUGAAAGUUACAAUAAGUUCCACAUGACGGAAACGACCGUCGGAGCUUUUGGAACCGAUGAGAUUGCAAAGGUGAUUCAAAACACAAUGCCAAGCCCCAGAGUACAACAAAUGCCAACACCUACCGACCCUGCAGCUUUGUGCCACAAGAGGACAAAUGGUAGUCCUUUUUUCGAGUUCUUGAAGAUGCUUCAUCAAGCAGGGCUCGUACUCCACAAGGCAUCGUCUGACGCUUCGACUUGGGAUCACCGCCACCAUGUCCACUGCUAA